CGACUUCGUAAUGACAACAUUCACAGAUGUUGAUUGUUGUCAGUUGUCACACUUGACAGUUGACAUUGUCAAUUCAUUUUGACAAUGAAAUAUGUCCAUAGACAUCAUGUCAGAUCAAAAAUUGGAUACUCGUUAUAGAAAAAUUAUACAUUUCAAGUAUGUAACCAAGGUACGUUUAAUUUUGAAUGAGUAAUAAAAGUAUUAUUUGAACUCUAUUUGAUGCUAUCUAAUUGUACAUUUAAAAAGUAUUUCAAAAUGAUUUAGUCUAAAUGACGCCCAGAAAAAAGGAAACAAUUCAUUUGACAAAUUGUCACAUAACGUGAAUCAAUUUUAUGUGUGUUAUUUAUGUAUUUAUUGGUUUAUGGGGAUAGCGAUGUGAAGAGUCUGGCGGGGCUGGCUUUCGAUGCCGUUGAACGGGUGCUCCAGCGGCCUUCUGGUGACGGCGCUGGUGACGCUGUUGCUCCUACCAGCUCAGUAUUAUGUUCCAGAUUUUGGCUCGAAGGAGCUCAUUAUAGAACCGGUGCCGAUAACUCGGCAGCUGGUGUCACCGGAGUUUUAUAAUUGGUUCUCGCUAGACUUCCCACCUCUUGAUAUAUUUUUUACAGUGUUACUUAUUCUGUUGGCGUUUGUAACACAUUUAUGUGAUUGGAUACAAAGAAAACUAAUGGAAAGACGGAUAUUAAAGUUAAACGUAUACUUAAAAGAUUGCGUAGAGCGGCUCCGCGUGUGGGACGCUCGGCAGGAGCAGGUAGAGGCCACCUUACGCACGGUGCAGAACGCCACGUCAGAGUACAACCUGCUGCUAUACCUCAUGCUGCGACACCGACGCCUCUCGCCCGCCAAGCCGCACUGCUACUACGAUAAAGACAUCGACGACAUCAACUAUAUAACGAACCAGACGAUCGAAGUGUAG